AUGAAGCUUGGGCUCGUCAGAGCCAUGCUGAUGUGCGCAGACAUCUUGCUCUUAGAUGAGCCGACAGGACACUUGGAUGUCGCAAACGUUGCAUGGCUGGGGGACUAUUUGCUCAGCCUCAGCAGAGACAGCAGCCGGCCAGUGACGACGGUUGUGGUGUCGCACGACACGUCCUUCCUGGACAAGGUGUGCACGCACGUCAUCAACGUGAAGCAAAGGAAGUUGAAGACAUACAAGGGCAACAUCACCGACUUCGUGCGACGCUGCCCCGAAGCCAAGUCGUACCUGAGCCUGACAAACGACAAGCAACGCUUCGUUCUGCCAGAGCCAGGAAUGUUAGAGGGAGUGAAGUCCAAGGGCAAGAAGCUGCUGAAAAUGCACAAUGUGACUUACACAUAUCCUGGCAACCAGACGCCGACCCUCUUCAACGUCAGCAUCGAGGUGUCUCUUCUAAGUCGCGUGGCCGUGAUUGGGCCCAACGGCGCGGGGAAGUCCACCAUGAUCAAGGCCUUGGUCGGCGAGCUGCCAGUGUCGGGAAAGAGCAUCGUAUGGAAACAUCCGAAUGUGCGAAUAUCCUACGUUGCCCAGCAUGCUUUCCAUCACGUCGAGCAGCAUUUGGACAUUACCCCAACGCAGUAUUUGCUGUGGCGCUUUGCUGGUGGCGAAGAUCGUGAAGCACUCAACUAUCGAUCAGAGGAAGUCAGUGGCGAGAAGAAGAAAUACUGGCUGAACGAAGCUGGUGUCCUCUGCAAGUGUACCAACGCCAAGGAGGAAGCCAAGGCCGUGAGCCCGGAGUUGAUCCUCGGAAGGAAGAAGUCGAAGUUGAAGGCGGGCUCAGGCGAUGAGAAGUACGAGUACUCUGUCAAGUGGCACGGCUUCAGUUCCGAAAGCAACAUGUGGGUCCCUCGCGAGAUCUUGCUGGAGAUGGGCCACUUGCGUCUCAUCCAGCGCGAGGAUGAGAGGCAGGCAGCUGCACACGGCCUCGUCUCGCGGCCCCUGACGCAACCGCAGGUGGAGGAGCAUCUGGCCGGCUUCGGCCUGGACUCGAACCUCGCCUCCCACACAAGGCUGGGCAUCUUGUCUGGCGGUCAAAAGGUGAAGGUCGUCCUUGGAGCAGCCAUGUGGCUAUCCCCACACCUACUGAUCCUCGACGAGCCGACGAACUAUCUGGACCGCGAGUCCCUUGGGGCCCUUGCAGCAGGCGAGGCCUCAAGGAGUUUGGAGGUGGCGUGGCGGCCCUACAGAAAGCGUGAGACGUUCAUGUCCGCCUUGCAGCGGCCAUUGCUUCCCAUCAAGCCCAUGAUUCAUGCCAAGCUCCAGGAUUUCUGUAAGCAUGGCAUCAAGAUUUGUUGUUGGUGCGACUUGUCGAGCACCGUGCCAGCCGGGCGACUCACUAGAGAAGGACAGCUCAGCAAAGCUGACGUGGCGUUGGAAGGAAAAACCAUAGCGGACGAGUACACAGAUGAGUUCGGCAAUGUUCACAAGAUCAAGAAGCAGAACCACACCGAGAAGGAGUUGAAGAAGAUCAAGCGUCAAAAAGAGCUUGCGCGUAAGCGCGGGGACGUAUUCAUCGAAGACGAAGAUGAAUGGCCGGCAGCUUGGCACAUGGCCGAUCUGCCCAAAGCAUGCAUCACUAUCAGGGCGAUUGUGCAGCGAAUGAAGAUUACCUACUCAGAGAUACUCAGACGGCUUGUCCGCCAAUCAGAAAGUCACAGGGAGUCGCUGACGGUGAUCGAACAGGUACCUCGGAUUUUUGGGCAAGCUUUUGACGGUGAGCUGGGGCCACGGGAGCUGCCAGCUGCCUACCCCUUUGCAAGGACCUGUCGUGCUGCAUGCAGUCGUUUUCCAUUAAUCAUAAUUUGUACCGUUUGCAUGCGGAUUCAAGGUAUGGUCAGCGCGGUCGGUAUGCCUAUUGCAGCUGAGAUGAAUGCCGCUCUGAUUAUCCAUACGCAUGCGUUUGAAGCCGGGACGGCGGGGAUCGACGAUCUGGAAGAAGUGCAGCCUCAGCAGGUGAUUGGCGUCGACAAUGUCUGCCUACUGGACACCGUCACGAAAGCGGCGCUGCUGCAGACCGUCAGGGCGAGGUUCAAGAAGCAAGUCAUCUACACGUGGGUCUCCCGCAUUCUCCUGGCAGUGAACCCGUUCCAGGCUCUGCCUCUCUACUCCUCGGAGAUGCUUGACAAGUACAGGUUCGCUUCUGAGCCACAGGCCCUGCCCCCGCACGUCUUCUGCAUUGCCGCAGAUGCACUGUCGAACUUGCAGAUCUCUCGGAAAGACCAGGCGAUUGUCAUCAACGGAGAGUCAGGAGCGGGUAAAACGGAGUCUGCCAAGCUUGUCAUGUCCUACGUGGCCGAGGCUAUGAAGUCUGCCGAGACCCAGGAGCAACAGUCCCAAGGCUUCGAGGAGAAGGUUCUUCGUACCAAUCCCGUGAUGGAAGCCUUCGGGAAUGCGAUGACGGUGCGGAACAACAACUCGUCCAGGUUUGUAAAAUGGCUCAACUUCCAGCUAGAGGGCGACAGGCUCAUCGGGUGUCAGAUACAGCAGUACCUCCUGGAGGGAACACGGGUGUGCAGCGUCGGAAAGGGAGAAAGAACCUACCACGUGUUUUUCCAGAUGCUACAGGCCCGUCGCUCGCCCUUGCUGGAGAAGUUAGAGCUGGAUGACCCCAAUGGCUAUCGUUACACCAAAGCCGGAGAAUUCGCCGUGCCUGGCAUGGACGACCUCCUCGGCUUCGAGGAGCUUCGUGAGGCUUUUGCUCCGCUGGGGAUUGACGACGCGAUGCAGGCCGAGCUCUUCCGAGUUCUCGCAGCGGUGCUGAACUUGGGUAACUGCACCUUUAAGUCAGAGUCCGAAGACAGGCUUGGAUUUCUCGAUGAAGUACCCGUCCAACGUGCUGCCAAGCUGUUGAGUUUGCCGGUGGAGGAUCUGAAGAAGUGCAUGCUCGUGCGCAAGAUUACAGUAGGGCGUGACGUCAUGGAGUCUCCACAGCGCCAAGAGCAGGCGAUCGCCAGCCGGGACAGUUUGAGCAAAUGUCUCUACAUGCAGCUCUUCGCUUGGGCUGUGGAUACCAUCAACCGCACGCUGUAUGUCAGCGAUUCGCCGAGGGCACAUGACAAGCAGAGGCAGUACCUGGGUAUACUCGACAUUGCCGGCUUCGAAUGCUUCGAUCAUAACUCCUUGGAGCAACUUCUGAUCAACCUAUGUAAUGAACAUCUCCAGCAGUUCUUCAACACCUUCGUUUUCCGGUCGGAGCUGGACGAUUAUGAGAAGGAAGGCUUGAAGUUUCAGUGCGACGUGAGCUUCACUGACAAUGCUGACGUGCUUCAGCUUGUUGAUGGUCGCGGGGGUUUGCUGGAUAUGUUAGAUGAGGAGGUCGUGAUGCCGAAAGCCACUGAUGAAUCCUAUGUGUCCAAAGUGAAAGCAGGUCACUCAAAGCAUCAGUGUUUCGUGCUCCCGAAGAUCAACAAUCGAGUCAAGUUCGGAGUGAAACACUUCGCAGGCGAAGUGACAUACAACUGCGAGGGCUUUCUGCAAAAGAAUGCGGACAAGCCGCCGGACGACUUCAUGAAGCUGCUGUCAGUCUCAGAGCUUGACCUCCUGAAGCAACUGUCGAUGGAUCCUGGGCACGAGGCUGCCACGCCUACGCCUGCGAAAGCCUCCAGCCGGAAGCCGAAAUCAACGUCAUCCAAGUUUCGUUCCUCCCUGCGGACCUUGGUUGGAAAGAUCAGCUCUUCGGAUCCACAUUUCAUCAGAUGCAUCAAGCCCAACUCUCAGAAGGUUCCUGGCCAGUUUGAUUCACGGAUGGUGCUGGAACAGCUGCUGUUCAGCGGCGUCUUGGAAGCAGUUCACAUCCGUCAGCAGGGCUAUGCGUCGAGGCUGUCGUAUGUCGACUUCCUGAGCAGGUAUGCCAGCCUGGCCGCGUCCAGUGCCCAUCAGAGGAAUGCCAGCGAACUGGCCAGUCACUUGAACGAGAAGUUGUCUCUGGACAUUGACGUCGGCAAGACCAAGGUGUUCAUGAAGGCAUUUGCAGCCAGCACCCUGGAGAAGCAGCGGGGACUGAAGCGCGCGCAAAUGGCCACCAAGCUGCAGGCCAUCGUGCGAGCGAGGUGCGCCAAAAAUCGCUUUACUGCAACACGACCUACGAUGAAGGCACUCAUGGACUGUUUGAGGCGGAUUGGUUGGGACAGUCGCAAACCUGAGAAGGAUCAGCCCAUACCGCUGUUGGGCAAGCUGGGUGCAGACGCCAGGGCAUUCUCGGGAGACUUGGAGCAAGCCGAGAAAGCUCUGCCGCAUCUACCCUGCUCGGACAGACUGCGAUCCGUUUCCAAGGCUGCGUCCAGCCGCCUUGCAAAGGAGCUGCAAUGCAUGGAGCAACUGGAGGCUUUAGCAAAAAGCACAGAUGCCGUGGAGAUUGAGAAAGCCUUAGCCAGAGCCACCUCCUUGCAGCUGCCUCCGACGAGCUUGACACGGGAGCACCUUCCGCUCCGCUGCAAGGCGCUUCAGGUUCAAGUGCCGCUGGUGGAGGCCCUGCGCUCGGCAUCGGAUGAAAAGAAUCUGGAGUCACUUAUCCGCAUCAUUGAGGAGGCGAACAAGAAGGGCUUGAAGCUGGAUCCGACAGGUUGGCUACCCGAACUUGCAGUCGGCGAGUUGCUCCGACAGGUGGAUGCACAGCGCCUGAAGCACGAAGCGCAACAGAAGCUAGAAGCGGAGACCAGGCAGCGGCAGGAGCGGCAGGAGCAGCAGGAGCAGCAGCAGCGGCAGCAGCCGCAGCUGCCGCAGCAGCCGCAGCAGCCACAGCCGCCACUUCAUGCCCAACCUGCGCCAGCCGCAACCAUUCAGCCAACACCUGUGCAUACAUCCAGCUCAGAAGGUGUGCUGCAUGUGGGGCGUCUGCCCACCGCAAAGCAUGCGGCACCUCCACAAAGUGCAUCGCUUGGCCAAGCUGAUGGCAAGGGGUCUACAGCUGAUAGACGGCGACGGCCAACGAUUACAGGAUUCAGCUCCUUUCAGCAGACGCAACUUCUUGCGAGCCUGCGAGCUGCUGCGGAGAACUUGGACUCAGCCGGACCAGCCGGCUUGGAGCAGCUGCUCCAGGAGGCGACGCGCAACGGCAUCGAGGAGGCCGAGCUGAAGGAGUACCACAAGAAGAUGUGCGAUCUGCAGAACGAGGCCUUCCUUCGGCAGGCGGUGGAACAAGUUCUGGAGGAGGUCAAGGCAGAGUGUCCUCCGCCAAAUGCACUGCAAAAGCUGCAGAACUUGUCACACCAACUGCGAGUCUUGCACGGGGAUGCCGAGCUCAUUAGAUCAGCAUCGCAAGCAGUGCAGCAGGGGACUCGGCGGCGAACCAAGAGCAUCGCCCCAGCUCGAGAUGGCCGCCGGGCAAGUGCCUUCGAUGUGAAGAGCUCGGAGGAGCUGCGCGUGGCCUGCGAAGCCUUCAGCGACCUCAACUCUUUCUCCAAACUGAAGAACGAAGGCGCAUGGAAGGGCCAUCGAAGCAGCCUCCAGUUGGAGUUGGCUCCUUUCGCUGGAAAGAUGCUGGGCCAUUCGAAGGUGACAAUCGCCGAGUCGCUGACACACCUGCCAAAGUCACGCGAGGCUGCGGCCAUUCAGACCUUCCGAAACAUUCUAGUUUGGAUGGGGGAUCGCCCAGCACAAGAGUGCCAGCGCAUCGCAAGCAGGGAGAGCGUCAUCAACACGGUUAGUUCAGAUCCUUUCAUGCGCGAUGAAACCUUCGUUCAGAUCUUGAAGCAGCUCAGUGGCAAUCCAUCAGCCCGCUCCGAGUGGCUGGGUUGGCAGCUGCUCUUGCAGCUGUGCCAUACCACACCUCCAAGUGAUGAGCUGGACGAUUUCGUGCGCUUCUUUUGCGCUCAGAAAACGAGUGCGGCGCCCUUGAGCUCUGGCGAUGCACGUGCCCUGGAGCUCGAAAGAAUUGCCAGAGAAUGCUUGGAGGCAUUGACGGCUGCAGCACCCACCAAAGGCACAGAUGAUGAUACGUCUGGAGACAUGGUCGGUGUGCUGGUGUACUUGAUAGACGGCUCUUCGCAGAAUUUGUUCGUGCCGGUGGCAACGACUCUCAAAGAGAUGUCUUCCCUAAUGGGAAGCAGAGUCGGUGUGAAGCACUGGCGGGACUUUGCAUUCUUUCAAGCGACUGGCAAGGCUGAGUCGCUCAGGAUGCUUCCAGACAUCCUUCCCGUAUCGGAGCUGAUCAGCAUGUGGCAGAAAAUACGCGAAGCCACUGGCUUGGCAGGCCACCUGCACUGGCGGCGGCGGUUUCUGUUACCUCAGGAGAUGCUCCAGGCUGGAGAUCUGCAUCACGCGGCUCUCACGUUUCGACAGGCUGUGCGCAGCCACUUGCACCGGCCUGCUCCGUGUCAGGCUGGGGGCGAGGCCGAGGAGAUGAUGACGGCCGCGGCGCUUUUGUGGUUGGAGAGUUAUAACCCAUUGCAACAGAUCAAGGAUAACGACAGGCUUGUUCACGAGCUCCUGAAGGGGCAGAUGAGCGGCCUGAAACCGACGCAGCAAGAUGCUGUCAAGCAGCGCCUGCAAGCAAAGGUCAAGGACUUGCGAAAGGAGUAUGGGCCACGGGUUCCACAACUGCAGCGUAUGACGAGGGCUUUUGCCCUAAUGCGCUGCUUUCCACAUUUUGGCACCCAGCACUGGCCGGCGAAAGGGAUCUCUGCAGCCAAAGUUUAUGCUGCGGGAACCAUGGCGGUAAGCAAUCCGCCAGAGAAGUAUUUGGCGCUGCACUUGCGCCAGACGGAGCCGGAGCUUUGGAUUUUCGUCGAUACCUUCGGCUUGCACCUGGCUCCGGCGCUGGCCAGUCACACAAAUGGGGCAGCGCUGUGGAGCUUUCUCUUCCAAGAUACCACUUCGGCGUCUGGCGACAGCGAAGUCCAGGAUGACGCUUUGAACUCGCCCUCAAGCGCGUUCCGCAGGAGAUCGCUGAGCGAGCUGGUAGCAUCCGAUGACGGUGCCGCUACGCCGUCUGCCCGACGCAACCUUCGAUUGCACAAUCAAUGUGGACGGUUGCUUCGAUGGGGUGCCAAGCCCGGUGCACUGCAACUUGUAGUGCACAGUGCGGAUCUGGGGCGGUCGGCUCCAAAGCUGCCGCAGCUGGUAACCCUCGCGUGCCCGGACGCUUUGGAUGCCGCCUUUGUUGUACAUAGCGCGCUCUGCGAACUCUUGCAGCUGCCGACUACAUGUUCUUAA